GCCGAGGAAUCUUCUGUCAUAGCCGAGGCGGAGUUUUCUGUCGUUCUCUAUCUGGCCUGGUGUGCGAGAUUGGAUACGAUAACGCCUGCCCUUGUUGAUUUCCAGAUUGGGACUUGCUUGCAGCAGCAGCAGCAGAGAUUGUGAUCUAGUGGUGGGGAGAGGUUGUGGGGAUGGCGGCGAUGGCGGCGAUGGCGGCGUUUGCGGCGACAGCGGGAGCGCCGAAGCCGACGCCGGCGCCGGCGCUCGUCGCCUAUUCCGCGCGCGGAGUCGGCGGAGAAGGAGCCAGCUCUGUAAGCGCUCCGGUGGCGCUAAUUGCGCGUAAGCCUGGCGCGCUAUCGGUGGCGCGUUACGAAGGCUCCGCCUGCAGCCUUUGCAGCAGCAGCAAAUCCAGCUCGUUUUUGGGCGGGAGCGCGGUUUUUCUUCCCAAUAAGGACAAAUCCAAAUCCAAAUCCUCCUCCUUGUCUUUCACGCCCCCCUCCUCCUCCUCCUCCUCCUCCUCCUUGUCCUCCUCCUCCUUUUCGUCCAUCCCUCGCGCUGCAGCGCAGCCACAGUCUCUUAUCCCCGCCGAGUCAUCUACUCCUUCCUCCUCCUCUGUCCUCGACAAACCAGAAGCGGAGGACGACGUCAUCCAGCAAUUUCUCAAGAAGGAUUACAAAUGGGGUUUUGUUACGGAUAUCGAAUCUGACUCGAUUCCAAAGGGACUGUCCGAAGAGACAGUGCGGGUGAUCUCCGCCAAGAAGAAGGAGCCGCAAUGGAUGCUGGAGUUUCGUCUCAACGCCUAUCGGCAGUGGUUGAAGAUGAGGGAACCCACGUGGUCAGACAACCGGUACCCUCCGAUCGACUUACAGAACGUGUGCUAUUACUCCGAGCCAAGGCAGAAGGAGAAGAAGGCGAGUCUGGACGAGGUGGAUCCGGAGUUGCUGCGGACGUUCGAGAAGCUAGGGAUCCCGUUGGGAGAGCAGAAGAGGCUUGCCAACGUGGCAGUCGAUGCGGUGUUUGACAGUGUGUCCAUAGCCACGACCUUCAGGGAGGAGCUGGCCAAAGCGGGGGUGAUCUUCUGCUCCAUCUCCGAGGCUGUGCGAGAAUACCCCGAGUUGAUCAAGAAGUAUCUUGGAAGAGUCGUCCCCGUGGCCGACAACUACUACGCCGCGCUCAACGCCGCCGUCUUCAGCGACGGGUCCUUCUGCUAUAUCCCCGAGAACACCAUCUCUCCGAUGGAACUUUCGACGUACUUUCGCAUCAAUGCGAGCGAGACGGGGCAGUUUGAGAGGACGCUGAUUGUGGCGGAGAAGGGGAGCUACGUGUCGUACCUGGAGGGCUGUACGGCGCCAUCGUACGACAAGAACCAGCUUCACGCGGCGGUCGUCGAGCUUUACUGCGCCGAAGGGGCGGAGAUCAAGUACUCGACCGUACAGAAUUGGUACGCCGGGGAUGAGGAGGGCAAGGGGGGUAUUUACAAUUUCGUGACGAAGAGGGGGUUGUGUGAGGGGAAGGGUUCCAAGAUCUCCUGGACCCAAGUGGAGACGGGAAGUGCCAUCACGUGGAAGUACCCGAGUGUGGUGUUGAAAGGGGACAACUCUGUGGGGGAGUUUUACUCCGUCGCUUUGACCAACAACAGGCAGCAAGCCGACACGGGAACGAAGAUGAUCCACGUGGGCAAGAACACGCGCAGCCGCAUUGUGUCGAAGGGUAUUUCGGCGGGAAAGUCGGUUAAUUGCUACAGGGGGUUGGUGCAGGUGGGGCCGACGGCGCAUAACGCGAGGAAUUACUCGCAGUGUGACUCUAUGUUGAUUGGUGACACGGCAGGAGCCAACACCUAUCCGUACAUCCAGGUCAAAGAUCCGACGGCUAGGGUUGAACACGAGGCCAGCACAUCGAAGAUUGGAGAAGACCAGCUGUUCUAUUUCCAACAAAGAGGGAUCGAGAUGGAGAAGGCGGUCGGGAUGAUCAUCAGCGGAUUCUGCCGAGACGUCUUCAACGAACUCCCGCUCGAAUUCGCGGCCGAGGUUAAUCAACUCAUGAGCCUCAAGUUGGAGGGUAGUGUCGGCUGACUAAACUGUGUGUGUACCAUAAUACAGUACUAGUACAAGUACACAGUGUAGUAGUCGUGAAGAGUUUUUUUUUUCUUGAAUCCCUUCUUCACGUGCAGAGAUCGAGGUCUCUUUUCUCUCCGCAACUAGAGUGCCAGACAUGCGUAUGUAUAGCCUAUCAUCUUGCCGUGUUUUCGAUUAGAUCGAGCGUCUUUUUUUCUUCCUGAUCAGCGUGUCAGACGUACAUAUGUACGUCAUAUCUUGUUGCCGUUCAUCUCAGAGGAUUGCAUUCGGAUAGAUAGAGUUGGAAGUGGCACGUCAACGUAUUUGUUUGUCCGUAGAAACUUUGUCUAGCUGUUCGAUCGCUCUAUCAAAAGUCAUUUGUCCGUCAAUCAAUCGAUCAAUCAAUCAAUCGAUCAAUCAAUCAAUCGAUCAAUCAAUCAAUCAAUCAAUCAAUCAAUCGACCAGCCAAAUCAAUCAAUCAACCAGGCCAAUCAAUCAAUCAAUCGACCAGCCCAAUCAAUCAAUCGACCAACCCAACCAGUGACAUGAUCGAUCAACCAAGAAAACCAAUCGACAAACCAUCGAUCAGCAGCCAACCAACCACCAACCAACCAAUCAAUCAAUCAGUCAAAUGAAUCUUCCCAGAAAAACCGCCGCCUCGGGUCGUCAUCCAGACGGUCGCAAACUAACGUCGUCAUCAUUUGCGCUUCAGUCAGUAAAUCGACCGGUCACCCAGUACGUCUAUGUGACACACGCACGCCUGACGGUCAGCCAGCUACAACUGAGUAAUCAAUCACCGAUCGAUUGCAGCCCGCCACGUAUCUUAGUGGAUAUAUAUCGUCACAAACAGAACUGCCCGGUAAACCGUAGGCAGAGAGAGAGAAGAGGACAACAAACGAAUAUAAACAUAUAUAUAAACGUGUAGAGGCUGUCGGGCAUAUGCAGGUGAUCAACCGAUCGAUGGUCCUUCUCGUCUUCAUUUGACACGUGGUCACCCCUCUAGGACUGAUCUUUCCGCCAAUCAAUCAAGAAAGCAGCGGAAGCUGUAUAUCCUCAUUGUUCACAGUCCAGUUAUCUAGUCAAUUCACCGUGCAUGAUGGGAGGUUUUACUCUUCUCGUACUUAACUCGUGUUACUCGUGCGCACUGGUUCGUCUUCGGGUAAAUACGCGAUGGACUGAUAUCCUUCUUCCAACACUCUAUCAAUCUAUCAAUACCAAUCUACCAGUGAUGAGCGUGCUCAGCGGUCAUCAGCUCCUUACCGAGUGAAUUAAGUGACACCCAUCAUGCAAGCUUGUCGUACAACAACUAGUCAAAGGAGGAAUCAUAUUUCACAGGCAAUGAAAUGGGGAACUACCGGUAGCAACGCGUUAUCUUACAGGCAAUGAAAAGGGGAACUACCGGUUGCAACGCGUUCGACGUGUAGACCUCUCAACCGCUACCGGUCGGUUGGGCAAAAAGCUGUCAGCCAUGCUGCUUGCCGCGUGUCAUCGCACGAAGUGAGUGAGGUUGGUAUCGGGGCUCGCCGCACUACUUCACCAAAUGCACGAAAGACAAAAACGAUGGCGGUGCCAUUUUUCCAUGUUCUAGCGGAAGAUUCAUUCUCAUUUUGUACAUUUGAUGAGUAGUGCGGCGAGGCCCAUUAUUGAUGAACAAGAAAAUGAAAGUUCGACCGAAGUUUCGCGACGACACUUGUCACCAGCGCUUCGUGCACACGUCACCCACUCCCACUCCCAGUUCAUCGAUUGAUGAACGGACCAACCUAGAAACUCCAUCGAGUUUGGUCACUGCUCUGACCGAAGAAGUCAAAGUCAAAGUCAAAGUCACUUGGAGGGGAGUUUUAAAAGG